AUGUGCUCCACCUCAUGCUGCUCCGUCGUGAAGAGCAAAACGGUCUGCUGCAGCCCGUGCCAGAAGACCGUCUGCUGCGACCCGUGCCAGAAGACCCAAGCCUGCUGUGACCCGUGCCAGAAGACCGUCUGCUGUGAUCCGUGCCAGAAGCCCUGCUGUGACCCGUGCCAGCAAGCCUGUUGUGACCCAUGCCAGCAGGUGUGCUGUGACCCAUGCCAGAAGCCCUGCUGUGACCCGUGCCAGCAAGCCUGUUGUGACCCAUGCCAGCAGGUGUGCUGUGACCCAUGCCAGAAGCCCUGCUGUGACCCGUGCCAGCAAGCCUGUUGUGACCCAUGCCAGCAGGUGUGCUGUGACCCAUGCCAGAAGCCCUGCUGUGACCCGUGCCAGCAAGCCUGCUGUGACCCGUGCCAGCAGUCUACCUGCUGUGACCCAUGCCAGCAAGCGUGCUGUGACCCGUGCCAGCAGCCCAUCUGCUGCACCAAGGUGUGCCAGAAGUCCUGCUGCUGCACGCAGCCCCCCUGCUGCUGCUGUGGCUGCCCCUGCUCCGGAUGCCUGUCCUGCUGCUCCUACGUGGUGAAGAAAAAGCCCAUGGUGGUGUGCUGCAGCCCCGCGCCGUGCUGCUCUCCCGUGAGGAGGUGUUGCAUUCCCAUCCAGCAGUGCUGCGCCGCCAUCAAGAAACGCUGCUGA